AUGCUCAAAAAAUCUCUUUUUGCAUUAAUUUUAUUAAUGAUAUUUUCGGUUACCAAUUCUGUACCAUUUGAGAAAAGAUUCUCUGUAAUUGGUUCAUGUCCAAAUGAUCCUCCUGUCGAAAUAUCACUUACUCCUGAUCCACCCAAUCCUAACCAAGAAUUUUUUAUCGGUGUUUCUCAAACCGUAUCCACAUCUAUUUCAGAUGGAUUUGUUCCAAUUCA